UGCCAGUGAUCAUAUCAUGGGCCGCGUUAACCCAACGUUUGAAAAUGAUGAUGUGUCGAGUAAAGAUGAAACAAUCAAAGUGGCAAUGGUUUCUCCUAUGAUACGAAUGGCUGAACCUCCCAUCGAACACAAACAAAUUGAUACUACAAAGGCGGAGUCAAAAGACAGGGUUAACUUAUGUCAAACAGUAGAUGAUAAUGAUGAUGAUUUUCAUGCCACUAGACAUAGCACAUCGUUGGCAAGAUCUGGAGAUCCUAAGGAAGAGGAUAACAGAAAUGCUGAAACACAACAAGGAAUUCAUGAAAGAUCGGACCGAACCGUUGACAAUGCUGAAUAUUUUGAUACAGCAUCGCAUCUUGAAUCGGUGGCAAGUUAUGAAGAUACUAAGCAGAAGGAAAACAAAAAUGCUGCAGCACGGCUUGAAAUAAAUGAACGUUCGGGUCGAACGGUAGACAAUGCUGGGUACUUUGAUACAACAACUCAUCUUGAGAAGGAGCAUAAUCAUAAUGAUCCAGAAACUGCAAUUAAAAAUUACCAAACAAAGUCGUACACAAAUCAAGCAUUUGACGGAGAAUACAAUCAAGAAGAAGAUGCGGUCUCUUUUCCAGUUCGAUUGUUGGACAGAGUUCAAGUAGAUGAACAAAACAAUCAAAAUGAUGAUAAACAGUCAAAACACGACUACGAAAAUGUCGGCAGUACCGCUCAGCCAAAAUCAUCGAAUGGAGAUACUAUUCAUUGAAUGUUGAUCAGAUAUUUAUGCAAUUUUAGAUGUUAGUUUUUAUGAUGUAAAUAGGUUUUCAUAUCAUCAUGUAAAUAUGCAAUACAUAAAAUCAAUAUAAUCUAAGUAUU